AUGCAGAAGCGAAAGGACAGUGAAUCGAAUUGCUUACAUAUCCACGGAAUAAAACAUCUAAAUACGCAAAUCUUUCUCUCUCUUUAUCUAUCUAUCUAUCUAUCUAUCUAUCUAUCUAUCUAUCUAUCUAUCUAUCUAUCUAUCUAUCUAUCCAUCUGUGUGUUUAUAUCUAUCUAUUUAUCUAUGAAGAUCUAUUCAUAUCUAUCUAUGGAGGUUUAUUCAUGUAUAUCUGUCGAAUAUUGUCUAUUCAUAUCUAUCUAUCUAUCUAUCUAUCUAUCUAUCUAUCUAUCUAUCUAUCUAUCUAUCUAUCUAUCUAUGAGGGUUUAUUCAUUAUCUAUCUAUCAUUCUAAUAAUGUCUAUUCAUAUCUAUCUAUGAAGGUUUAUUCAUGUAUAUCUAUCGAAUAUUGUCUCUAUCUAUCUAUCUAUCUAUCUAUCUAUCUAUCUAUAUAUAUAUAUAUAUAUAAAGGUAUAUUCAUAUCUAUCUAUCUAUCUAUCUAUCUAUCUAUCUAUCUAUCUAUGAGGGUUUAUUCAUUAUCUAUCUAUCUAUCUAUCUAUCAUUCUAAUAAUGUCGAUUCAUAUCUAUCUAUGAAGGUUUAUUCAUGUAUAUCUAUCGAAUAUUGUCUAUACAUAUCUAUCUAUCUAUAUAUAAAGGUGUAUUCAUGUCUCUAUAAAGGUGUAUUCAUAUCUAUAUAUCUAUAUAUCUUUGAAGGUAUAUUCAUAUCUAUCUAUCUAUCUAUCUAUCUAUCUAUCUAUCUAUCUAUCUAA